AUGUGUGACGAACAGGAGCUGAUCCAGCUUGAGGUGAUGUGCAAGCAGCUGUACGAGUCUAGCGAUACAGAAGAGAGAAAACGAGCCGAGAAUGCGCUUUUUUCUAACAACUUGGACUUAAUGAAGUGUCGUCUAUUGCUAGAUCGAAAAAACUCUUCCUAUGCUCAACUCCUCGCUGCAAGUACCAUCUCGAAGAUUAUCACCCGCAAUCCAAGUGGACUUUCUUUAGAACAGCGUCUUGACAUACGCAACUACAUUUUAAAUUACCUGGCCUCUAACUCAAAACUGGCACCUUUUGUCCUUCAAGGCUUAGUAACACUGUUUGCCCGGAUUACUAAAAUUGGGUGGUUCGAGAGUACAAAGGAAGAUGAGUACGUGUUUCGGGAAAUUAUUCCUCACAUUACUCCAUUUGUCCAGGGAAACGUAGAGUUUUGCAAUAUUGGCGUGCAGCUUAUAUCAAAUCUUGUAAUUGAAAUGAACCAACCAAGUUCCCAAGAUGCAAAUCGAUCUUUAUUCAGGCAUAGAAAAGUUGCUUCCUCGUUUCGUGAUAAAAACUUGUUUGAGUUUUUCCAACUGUCGCAAGAUUUACUUCAACGUGCACUAGACGGUCUUAAAAGCACCAAAUUUUUGGAUGAUAACCAACAAACACUCAUUAGCAACCUCUUGAAGCUUACAAUUAACUGCCUUUCCUUUGAUUUUAUCGGUGCCUCAUCUGACGAUUCAUCUGACGACUUAACUUGCGUCCAAAUUCCAACCAAUUGGCGUCCUGUUUUCCUUGAUGCAAACACGUUAAAGCUAUACUUUGAUUUGUUUCAUCUUCUGCCUUCUGGACUUUCUGCACUGUCUCUCUCAUGCCUAGUUCAGCUAGCCUCUGUUCGCCGUACACUGUUUAACAAUAUUGAACGUGGUACCUUUCUGAACAACUUGAUAACCGGAAUUAGGUGCAUUUUGGAGAACCCUCAAGGUUUAUCCGACCCUAGCACAUAUCACGAAUUUUGCCGCCUACUAGCUCGCCUAAAGACCAACUAUCAGCUGGGUGAAUUGGUUAAAGCCGAAGAAUACCCGAAAACGUUGGAGCUGAUCGCCAACUUUACCAUAACCAGUUUAAGAUUGUGGACUGUAGCCUCAAACUCGAUACACUACUUAUUGAUACUAUGGCAGAAAAUGGUCACUUCUGUGCCUUAUGUAAAAGCCAACGAGCCUCAUCUCUUGGAGCGAUUUGCGCCCGAAAUCACCAGAGCUUACAUUACUUCACGUCUAGACUUGGUCAACGAAGUUGUGCUUAACGGACUUGAUGACCCAUUUGAGGAAAUUGUAAUGAUUCAACAGCAACUGGAGCAGCUCUCAACCAUUGCUCGGUGCGAGUACGAAUCGACGUGCACUCUUUUAGUCUCACUGUUUGACCAAACCGCCAAGACAUACCAAGAACUGAUGCAGUCAAUCCUCAAUUCUCAAACGCAAUUGGAUGUCGAGAUUCAAGAAAACCGACUGACCUGGCUAGUGUACAUCAUUGGCGCCGCAAUCGGAGGUAGGGUUUUCCUCAACAGCAGCGACGAGCAAGACCACAUGGACGGAGAGCUAGCAUUUCGAGUGCUACAACUAAUGAACUACACUGAUGUCAGACUGUCGCAAGGUGGUUUCUGCAAGAAGCUCGAGUUGGCAUUUCUAAGCUUUUUUGAACAAUUCCGAAAGACCUAUGUCGGAGAUCAAGUCCAAAAAACGUCUUCUGUCUACAAGCGUUUGUCAGAAGUUUUGGGCUUGAACGAAGAAACUAUGGUAUUGAGCGUAUUUGUCCGUAAAAUUAUUACCAACCUAAAGUACUGGGGCAACGAUGAAUCGAUCGUCUUGAAGACGUUAAAAAUUCUAAGUGAUCUUUCCAUUGGCUACAGCAGUGUCCGCAAACUUGUUCAGCUUGAUGAAAUUCAGUUCAUCUUGAACAGUCAUACCCCUCAAAACUUCCCUUUUCUCAGCAACACCUUCGAUAUCAACUACAUGAAAUGCCGAACUAUUUUCUACACCUCUCUAGGUCGUCUUUUCAUGAUUGAUUCGGGUGAAGACGAAGAUAAGUUUGAAAAGUUUAUGCAACCGUUGACAACUUCUAUGGAUACGUUGAAAAGUAUGCUGAGCAACAAGUCCUUGUUUGGUCAAGAAGAGACCAAGAGAGCAUUAAUUGGAAUCGCUCGGGAUUUACGCGGUUUAGUCUUUUCAUUUGUUUCCAAGUCAAACAUUAUGAUAUUCUUCAACUGGAUAUAUCCAGCCUACACGCCGGUGUUCCACGCCGCCAUUGACAUGUGGUGCCACGAUCCACAAGUGACAACUCCAAUACUAAAGUUGUACGCUGAACUGGUGAAUAAUCGCUCACAGCGACUUCAGUUUGAAAUCUCUUCCCCCAACGGAAUACUCCUGUUUCGUGACGCCAGCAAAUUACUUGUCAACUAUGGCUCUAAAAUUCUAAUGAUUGGCGACAUUGCUGCUGACCAGAUCUACCCGCUCAAGUUGAAGGGAAUUUCCAUUUGCUUUUCCAUUCUUAAGCUGGCCUUGAGUGGUUCAUAUGUCAAUUUUGGCGUUUUCCAGCUGUACGGUGAUCGUGCACUUGACGAUGCCUUAAACACAAUCAUCAAGCUCAUUCUGUCGAUAACCAUUUCCAACAUUCUCGAAUAUCCUAAACUCAGUCAAUCAUACUACAUCUUACUCGAAUGCAUUGCUCAAGAUCAUAUGAAGUUUCUCGCCAACUUAGAACCAAAUGUUUUCUUCUACAUUAUAUCUUCAAUUUCUGAAGGUCUCAAUUCACUUGAUCAAAUCUGCACUGCGUGCUGCUCUAUUCUGGACCACAUCGUUACUUACAUUUUCAAAGAGAUAUCUAAACAGAACAAAAAGAAGGAUUUUAACGAAGUUCAGACAUGCAUAAAGCUCAUCGAACUAAAGCCUGAAAUUCUCCAGCAAAUGCUUUCCACCAUUUUGAAUAUCAUCAUGUUCGAAGACUGUCGCAAUCAGUGGUCAAUGUCCAGACCACUGUUGGGUUUGAUUCUCCUCAACGAAGACUACUUUAAUCAACUACGACAAAGUAUCAUAGCACAGCAGCCUCUCGAAAAGCAAGCUACGAUGAAUCAACUUUUUGACGACCUCAUGAAUGGAAUCGAGAGAAACUUACUCUCAAAAAAUCGUGACAGGCUGACCCAGCAAAUAUCUCAGAUGAGAAAAUCGCUCUCUGAGUAUCAGAAAACACCAACAAACAGCGGGGGAAUCAACGAUAUGAUGAACUGA